AUGACGACUGAAAACACAGCCACCGUUGUUGAGGGUAAGCCAGCCGAGCAUUUGAAGCCGGAGGACGCUACGAAGCAAGAUGUGGAGGGAUCGGCUAAACCUGUGCAAGAGGCCGUUUCCAAGGGCGAGAAAGCGCACGAAGGCGAACAGAGAAGUGGUGACAAAGAGGUUGUUGCUCAGGAGGACUCUACGCCCAAGGCCAAGGAUUCAAAUGAGAAGCACGAGGCAGACGCCGAAAAGGAGGGCGGUGAAUGCUCUGAUGGCAAGGACGAGAAGGUCCCUGAAGCUGAGGCUGAAGAGGCUGGUGCACCAAAGACCGACGUCAGCAUGGUUUCUGGCGACAAGGAGAAUGCCGGUCAAGAAGCUGACGACAAGGAGAAUGAGCGCAAGCGGGCCGAUGCUGAGGAUCAAACCGGCGAAGAAGAGGGCAGCGCCGUCAAGAAGCUUAAGGUCGACGAACCGUCUGAUGGACAACCUGCACAACAAGUUCAAUCCGCUGGAGGCGACGCU